AGAGAGAGAAGAGAUGAGAUGGCAAAACAAGAAGACAAAAUCGCUGAGCAGAUGGCUGAGUCACAACAGAAUAUCAACGCAAAAGAUGAUGAACUUGAAAUGGUUCGAGAUAGACUACGUCAACAAGAAGAUGCAACAAGAAAUUUGGGUGAGAAAAUGAGACUGGAAGCUAAAGAACAGAUAAGAAGUGCAAUAGAUAAGGAAAGGGAAAUUUGGGAAAAGGAAAUGGAACGUCAUCUGUCCAGAGAGCAAGAGGCUUGGGAAGAAGAAGCAGUGAAGGCUAGUAGUAAACUUAAGGAGGACAUUGAUCAUGAAAGACAACUUGUUUUACAACAACAAAAUACUAUAUCCAGUCUUAGAGAGGAAAUGGAAGGUUUGAGACAAGAGGUCCGUUCUUCGCAUCGUGAAAAAAUAGAUGCAGUCACCAAGUCCAGAGAGGCUUCAAGAAAGGAAAAACAAGCAGAGUUGGAUAAACUAAGAGACAAAUUAACACAGGUAAUGACAAU